AUGUUGAAAGGGUGUAAAGGAAGAGGCAAAUCCAUGUCUUUGAAGUGCAAACAGUGUGACAAGUGUUUUAGCCAAUCAGGAAACCUAAUGCAUCAUGAGAGAUUUCACACUGGGGAAAAGCCUUAUGAAUGUAAACAGUGUGGAAAGCGUUUUCGCCGAUCAGGAGACCUGGGGACUCAUAAAAGAGUUCACACUGGGGAAAAGCCUUAUAAAUGUAAACAGUGUGGCAAGUGUUUUAGUGUCGCAGGAAACCUAACGAAUCAUGAAAGAGUUCACACUGGGGAAAAGCCUUUUGAAUGUAAAUACUGUGGCAAGUGUUUUAACCAAGCAAGACACCUAACGCGUCAUGAAAAAGUUCAUACUGGGGAAAAGCCUUACGAAUGUAAACAGUGUGGCAAGUGGUUUAGCGAACCAAGAAAACUAAGGAUUCAUGUAAGAGUUCACACUGGGGAAAAGCCUUAUGACUGUAAACAUUGUGGCAAAUGUUUUAGCCAAGCAGCAGACCUAAGGGUUCAUGGAAGAGUUCACACUGGGGAAAAGCCUUUUGAAUGUAAACAGUGUGACAAGUGUUUUAGCCAAGCAGGAACCCUAAGGAGUCAUAAAAGAGUUCACACUGGGGAAAAGCCUUAUGAAUGUGAACAGUGUGGCAAGUGUUUUAGUGAAGCAGGAACCCUAAGGCGUCAUGAAAGAGUUCACACUGGGGAAAAGCCUUAUGAAUGUAAACAGUGUGGCAAGUGUUUUAGCCGAUCCGGAGGCCUAAGCAUUCAUGAAAGAGUUCACACUGGGGAAAAGCCUUAUGAAUGUAAACAGUUCGCCACAUGGUAAGUUUCAUUGAUUUUUAUUUUCCUUUUCUAGCAAAUUUCCAGACCUAAACUUCGCCCCAUAUGUUCUCUAUAUUUAACCAUGUUAUGAAAUCCGUACGUGACACUAACAGUGAGCCUAGCACUGUGUAUCUAUCAAAAUGAAGUUUUGAGGUGUGCAUUUUUAAUUACUUGCAUUCAUUCUCCAUCCCAUUUCCUUAUUUUCGGUUACCUGCUUCGACUUCCCAAUAACUCAAAUUCCCGCCAUAUCGAACUUUUUCGAUUUCCCUGGAAGGUUCGAGUAAUCGGGAAUCGACUGUAGAUCAUUUACUCCAGUGUCUUAGUAAAAUUUAAACCUUGUUAUUGGUGGUAAGUUUCAUUGAUUUUUAUUUCCCUUUCCUGGCAAAUUUCCAGACCUAAACUUCGCCCCAUAUAUGUUCUCUAUAUUUAACCAUGUUAUGAAAUCCGUACGUGACGGUAACAGUGAGCCUGGGUUACCUGGGCCUAAACACCAACCUUCCCUUCAAAAGUUCAGGGUGUGCCAAAACCUAUGAAAUUUAGUUCGGACAUAUAAAUCUUUGACAUGACUUGUCCGUCGAACAAUUACAUUUUUAAAGAGAAACAAAUACAGAAACAGUUAAAAAUUGACUUCAAAUUACAGUAGAAUUAAAAUUUAUGUUAUACAGUGUAGUCAUAAAAACUUAAGUAUCUCCUUCUGAUACUAAUUGCUUGUGUGUUGAAGGAAACCAGAUAUAUAUAUUUUCUCCGUUCACGUUGUGACCAUAAGUUGUGACAUUAUCAAACUUGCAUUGUAAUACAUACAUUAUUCGAAUAAAUUCUGUCUCCGAAUAAAUUCCCUAGUUACUUAUCAUAAUAGACAUCUGUUUGCUAGCACUUAACCUUCCUUUAGGAACCACUUUAGUCAACUCUCUCGUACGCGACCACCCUUGGUGCAUGACAAGAGUGCUCCCUUACCAGAGUUUGUCGUCUACAGGAAAAAUCAAGGGGAAAAGCUUAAACUGAACUGAUUAACGUAAUUAUAUAAAGUUAUUACCUUACCAAGCUACAAUGAGGCAAAUAAACAAUUUGUAUUUAUGUUUGACAUCGAAUAGCGCUUGGAACUGAUGAAACUUUGCACGUAACAUUUUGCAUGAUUGUAACAAUCCACUUUUUGACUUAUACAGAUCGUAUAUGACAGACAUCUUUUUAAAAGUCAACUGUUAUAAUCUGUCAGCUGUUUUGGUCAGCCCUAUUAAAACAAUGACUUUUUGGAAUAUCUUUUGAAAAUAAUCUCUACAUUGUACGUACAAAAUUAAUACAUUUUUAGUCUUGUCGUUACCUCAUGGCCGUGCGUCUUUAAUGCAGCUGGAUUAUGUUGUUUUAGAAAGAUAAAACCAUAGUGUCUCUCUUUUAUGUUGAAAGGGUGUAAAGGAAGAGGCAAAUCCAUGUCUUUGAAGUGCAAACAGUGUGACAAGUGUUUUAGCCAAUCAGGAAACCUAAUGCAUCAUGAGAGAUUUCACACUGGGGAAAAGCCUUAUGAAUGUAAACAGUGUGGAAAGCGUUUUCGCCGAUCAGGAGACCUGGGGACUCAUAAAAGAGUUCACACUGGGGAAAAGCCUUAUAAAUGUAAACAGUGUGGCAAGUGUUUUAGUGUCGCAGGAAACCUAACGAAUCAUGAAAGAGUUCACACUGGGGAAAAGCCUUUUGAAUGUAAAUACUGUGGCAAGUGUUUUAACCAAGCAAGACACCUAACGCGUCAUGAAAAAGUUCAUACUGGGGAAAAGCCUUACGAAUGUAAACAGUGUGGCAAGUGGUUUAGCGAACCAAGAAAACUAAGGAUUCAUGUAAGAGUUCACACUGGGGAAAAGCCUUAUGACUGUAAACAUUGUGGCAAAUGUUUUAGCCAAGCAGCAGACCUAAGGGUUCAUGGAAGAGUUCACACUGGGGAAAAGCCUUUUGAAUGUAAACAGUGUGACAAGUGUUUUAGCCAAGCAGGAACCCUAAGGAGUCAUAAAAGAGUUCACACUGGGGAAAAGCCUUAUGAAUGUGAACAGUGUGGCAAGUGUUUUAGUGAAGCAGGAACCCUAAGGCGUCAUGAAAGAGUUCACACUGGGGAAAAGCCUUAUGAAUGUAAACAGUGUGGCAAGUGUUUUAGCCGAUCCGGAGGCCUAAGCAUUCAUGAAAGAGUUCACACUGGGGAAAAGCCUUAUGAAUGUAAACAGUGUGGCAAGUGUUUUAGCCGAUCCGGAGGCCUAAGCAUUCAUGAAAGAGUUCACACUGGGGAAAAGCCCUAUGAAUGUAAACAGUGUGGCAAGUGUUUUAGUACAGCAGGAAGCCUAAGGAUUCAUGGAAGAGUUCACACUGGGGAAAAGCCUUUCGACUGUAAACAGUGUGGCAAGUGUUUUAGUGUAGCAGGAAACUUAAGGAUUCAUGAAAGAGUUCACACUGGGGAAAAGCCUUAUGAAUGUAAACAUUGUGGCAAGUGUUUUAGUACAGCAGGAACCCUAAGGAGUCAUGAAAGAGUACACACUGAGGAAAAACCCUUUUGA